AUCAUUGACGAGUCGGCGGCACAACUGCAACGCAACAGCCCUACCUCGUCCUUGUCCGCGUCACCUGCGCCGCAGUACAUUACGCCCACAGACACGCCCACGACCAGCACACGACGACUGAACUACACGACCCGAACCCCCAACCCCAGACCCAAAACACGCCAACAUGUCGGCGUCACCAACCAUUGCCGACCCGGCCGAGGUCAAGGCGAUCAUCAAGAGCGUUGACAUGACCGACGACAUGCAGCAGCACGCUGUCCAGACGGCAAUCGACGCACUCGACAAGUACACGGUCGAGAAGGACGUCGCCAUGCACAUCAAGAAGGAGUUUGACCGCCUCUACAGCACGACGUGGCACUGUGUCGUCGGCAAGCACUUUGGCAGCUUCGUCACCCAUGAGACCAAAAACUUCAUCUACUUCUACCUCGGCCCCAUUGCUGUCCUCCUCUGGAAGACUUCGUAAAGGCAUACCGCUGGAGACGCCGUCCUUCCCUACCCCACCCCGCCCCUCAUGUCCCCCUUCCUCUCAGCUUACAGUCCUGUCGGCCCGCCCGCCCACAUCCCGCACACACAACAUCGUCAUUAGUAAAUAGAGCGCACACAAGCUCGUCAA